UAACGUUUACCAGUUUACUGCUCUCUUGUUAGAAUUUAUGAACGUGCCUAGGCGUUAUCGUUUACCAGUUUACUGUCGCGCUGCUUUACGUGCAGACGGCCGACCUCUCCCUCAUUCCGAAAGCUGUAUGCCUCCAAGCUCCAAGCCGUUCGCUGUUUACUUCCUAAAACAUGAGUGGUAAUUGCUACACUGGCAUGACCAGCAGCCAUGCCGACAUAUACGCCAAAUUUCGCCCAACAGCUCCGCAAGUUCUCAUUGAUGAGAUACUGAAGUUCGUGAAACUCAAGGUAUCAGACCUGAACCUUGCCACAGAUGUUGGCUGUGGCCCCGGCACAAGUACAACGAUGCUGGCUCCGUACUUCAAAGAGGUUCACGGCUAUGACAUAUCUGAAGCACAAAUCAACGAAGCAAAAGCACUGAACAAACUCAAAAAUGUUUCCUUCAGCGUGUCGCCAGCUGAGACAAUCAAUGAAAAAGAUGAAUCUGUGCAGCUGGUGAUGGUGAUGCAGGCUGUCCACUAUUUUGACCUGGAUGCAUUCUACAAGGAGGUGACAAGAGUCCUGGUGCCAAAUGGGGUUUUGGCACUCUGCAGUUACCUCAUUCCCAAGCCUGUCAGCAAGAACCAGGAGAGAAUGGACAGAAUAAUACAUGAUGAAAUCUACAGAGGUAUACCAAAGGAAUACUGGACGCCAGUGAUAGACAUCGUUGACAACCUGUAUCGAGAUAUUCGACCUGCUUUUGAGGAUCAUGUUCGGAUAGACUGCAUUGAGGACCGCAAGAUGAGGACUGUUGCUGAUUAUGUUAACUACACAAAGACGUGGUCAGCGUACCAGCUUUUACUCAAGAAGAACCCUUCAGAAGCGGAGGAGAUUACUCGAAAGUUGACGUCUAUACUGAUGGAAGAUGCCGGAAAAUUUGGAGGAGAUCCAGACAAAACAAGCCUCGAAGUGAAGACUCAGUUCUUCAUGAUUCUUGCAAGGAAGCCUGGGUCUAAAUAGUUUCUAUGACUGUAUAUCAACCACGUACUACACUUUUUAAUGAUCGUGUGACUGUGGGAUCAAGCAUAUUCAUAGUUUUUAAAAUGUGGUGCAAAUAAACAUUGUUCAAAUAUAGUGUG